GAAAGUUGAGAGGCGUACAGAAGGUGUCAAAAUCAUUUGAAGGUGUAAUAUGGACGAGGGAAUGUCAGGCUUUUGCGUGAAAGCAGGAAGUGUUCGUGGUGGCGGUAAUGGAAGCACUGGAACGAAGUGUGGGCGUUGGACUCCGACCAGUGAACAGGUAAAAGUUCUGACUGAACUAUUCAGGUCCGGACUUCGAACCCCGAGCACUGAUCAAAUUCAGAGAAUCUCCACUCAGCUUAGCUUUUAUGGAAAGAUCGAGAGUAAGAACGUCUUUUACUGGUUCCAGAACCAUAAAGCUAGGGAAAGACAGAAGCGCCGUCGAGUAUCCACUGAUGAAAAGGAUUUCAUUCAUCAAGAGGACAAGAUUUCAUCUGCAAAACAUUUUGCUGAGAUGAAUCGGGUUGUUUCGGAGCAUGAACGAGUGAUUGAGACCCUCCAACUUUUCCCAUUAAAUUCGUUCGAUCACGAGUCUGAUCAGAAGCUCAGACGGCGCACAAAUGAGCGCAAGGAGAUCACUACAGCUUUUUCAUACAAUAUUGGGACAGAAAUGGAACACCCACCAUUGGAUCUGCGUUUAAGCUUUCUGUAAACAAGUUUCGAAUCUUGGGUGCAAAAGGAAAAUAUUCUCUUAGGAAUUAUUAUUGUAUUUCCGAGAAUUUAGGUUAAGUUUAGCUGAAAAUUUACGUAGUGAUAGAUUCUUCUCUUUUAAAUAUUGAAAAAGC